GACAUCCAACAUACAGAAUCUUUUAUGAUUCAGCCAUCGGGCAGAACUUCCAAGUUGGAAACUUCCCAAUGGCCUCUGCUAUUGAAGAAUUUUGAACGUCUGAACGUAAGAACGAAUCAUUACACGCCAAUUCCUGCUGGCUGUUCACCGUUGUUGAGACCCAUCGAUGAGUACAUAAAGAGUGGGAUAAUUAACCUAGAUAAACCGUCAAAUCCUUCCUCCCACGAGGUCGUCGCCUGGAUCAAACGAAUCCUCAGAGUUGAGAAAACUGGUCACAGUGGCACUCUGGAUCCUAAGGUGACAGGCUGCUUGAUAGUCUGCAUAGACCGAGCUACGCGAUUGGCCAAAUCACAGCAAGGGGCGGGCAAAGAGUAUGUUGGGAUCUUUAGGCUGCACGAAGCUGUCGAGAAUGAGAAACAGAUUCUAAUGGCUGUUCAGUCGUUAACUGGAGCUCUGUUUCAAAGACCACCAUUGAUAUCUGCCGUCAAGAGGCAGCUUAGAGUCAGAACUAUUUAUGACAGCAAGCUUGUUGAAUAUGAUAAAGGGAGAAAUAUGGGCAUUGUUUGGGUUAGCUGUGAGGCAGGCACCUACAUUAGGACGUUGUUUGUCCAUCUUGGUUUGCUUCUUGGGGCCGGAGGUCAAAUGCAAGAGCUGAGGAGAGUUCGAUCGGGAAUCAUGUCAGAAAAUGAUUCCUUAGUCACGAUGCACGACGUACUCGAUGCACAAUGGGUGUACGACAAUCACAGGGACGAGUCCUACCUCCGUCGUGUCAUCCGACCACUCGAGUCCCUGCUCAUCUCACAUAAGAGGAUCAUCCUGAAAGAUUCUGCUGUGAAUGCAGUCUGCUACGGGGCCAAAAUCCUCAUGCCAGGAGUGCUGAGAUUCGACGACGGUAUUGAACUUAACGAGGAGAUCGUCGUCAUCACCACUAAGGGUGAAGCAGUUGCCAUAGCCAUCGCCCUGAUGACAACAGCUGUCAUAGCAUCUUGUGAUCAUGGUUUUGUGGCAAAAAUAAAAAGGGUUGUCAUGGCCCGAGACGUCUACCCUCGGAAGUGGGGGCUCGGACCCGUUGCUGCCAAGAAGAAAGACAUGAUCAAAUCUGGACUUUUGGACAAGCACGGCAAGCCGACGGCUGCAACUCCAAAGAACUGGAUACAGGCGUACACUGAUUUUAGUGAUGAGGAGAAGAAGAAAGAAAAAAAGAAAAAAUUAAAAGAACAAAAACAGCAGCAGAAAUCAGCUGAAGCAGCAGCUGCAACAGCAAAAGAAGUAAAACCAUCGGCUGCUACUGAUCCCAAAGCAUCUCCGGCUACAACAGCUGAUGUCGAAGAAAAGAAGGAAAAGAAGAAGAAGAAAAAAGAGAAAUCGUCAAAAGAUGGCGAGUUAGCAGCGGGAGAGGGUGGUGUUGGAAAAAAUUCGAAUCAAGAAUUGCAGGUUUUUUAA